AUGGCUGUUCCUACUCCUAGCUCGAGAUGGCAACGUGUUUACUUACUGGGUGAUUCUCUUACGCAGCAAUCCUUCUCUUUGGGUGGAUGGGGUGCAAGGCUGGCUGAUGGUUAUCAGCGGCAGUUUGAUGUGAUCAACCGUGGUUUCAGUGGUUACACCAGCGCAUAUGUGGCUGGCAUUUUGCCACGUUUGGCUGAGGAGGAUCAGUUACUGCUUCGUGGAGAUGUGGCUGCAGCCGUGGUUACGCUAGGAUGCAAUGAUGCUGUUCUGGAAGUAGAUCCUAGGCACAUUCCAGUCGAUCAAUAUAUACAUCACAUGCGUACGAUUUCUGCACAGCUUGUUGAAGCUGGAGUUCCUGUUGAAAAGCAAGUGUUCGUUGGAACGCCACCCGUGGCCGAAGCCAAAUGGGCAGACCACUGCAAGUCCUUGGGAAGGGAAAUGAACUUAUCCAACGAUAACACUCGCCUCUACUCGGAAGCACUGUCCAAGUUGGCAGCGGAAAUCGGCGUUGCACGCUUUGUAGAACUGCACAGUGCGGUGCAGCGUGUGGAUGACUGGCAGAAUCUACUCAGCGAUGGCCUACAUCUCUCUCCAAGUGGAAACGAAUUUGUGGCGGAGAAGAUAGCACAAGCACUUGUUGGAGUCUUGCCUGCUGCGCAGCCUGCGUACCCUCUUUGGGAUGCUAUUGACCCGAAGAAUCCUCCUCGACUGGAUAAAGCUUGA